CGUUCUGUUGUUGCUCCCAUUCUUCCUUCAGUCACAUAUUAGUAUUUGCUUACGUACAUUGAAUCUUGAAAGCACUAAUGUGCAGCAAAAAACUUUAAAAGAAGAAAAAAUUUUGUUGGACAAAAAGCCUGAUGGUCGGUUUGCUUCAGCAGAUCUUGCUAGUUUUUAACAACCCCAUCUUUCCUUUUCCUUCGUUGUGUAAAAAAGGUGCAUAUGAAUUUCAAUUCUUUAAGACUUUUCCUGUUCUUUUGUUUCCCCCUUUUCAUGAACUUGCGUAUCCAUGCAGCAGCUUAGAUGCUCUUUUACAUUUUCCUUUUUUCUAUAUAUAUUCUUUCCUUGAUAGCCAAACCAUUUACUUUUUUAUAUUCUCUCAAACCUUGUCCUCUUUGUACUUGAAAUUUAAACAAGACAUUGAAAAUUACUUGAGAAUUUGAAAGAAGAAAUGGAACAACAAUUAGAAAUGGUAGGAAGAGCAUUUGUGGAUCACUACUACAAUCUUUUCGACAAUGAUCGAUCCUCUAUUGGUACUCUGUAUCAACCAAGCUCAAUGCUCUCAUUUGAGGGCCAAAAGUUGCAGGGAAGUGAAGAUAUCUCUGCUAAGCUUAAUGCAUUGCCCUUUGGACAAUGCAAGCAUGCGAUUAGCACCAUUGAUUCUCAACCUUCGUCCUUUUCCGGAGGGAUCAUAGUCUUUGUCAGUGGUAGCAUUCAACUUCUUGGAGAGGACUAUCCCCUGAGGUUCAGCCAGAUGUUUCACUUGAUCCCAACUGUGGAAGGAAGUUUCUUUGUGCAGAAUGACAUAUUUCGCCUCAACUAUGGAUAGUUUAGCGUUUGUGUGGAGAAAAUGUUGAUCAAGAGAAAAGAAAACUAGUGUUAAUGUGAAGGAUAUGUUGAAGAGAGAAAAUCAUUUGCUGUAAUUUGAAUUGAUGUGGUGCUUCCUUAACAAUGGAAUUGGAGCAUCACAUUGUUGACUUGCUUAUUGCUUUUGUAAUAUCAGAUGUCAUUUAUCCAAUUUGCAACCACUUCAAAUUUGUCUUUUA